CGCCUCCGUGAAAUGCAAGCCUGGACCGGACGAUUCGUGAGGACCUUCCGUUUCUGACGUGUGUGGUCUCGAGAGAGACCUGCGUGCAUUGGCAGCUGCCAGAGAGAAAGGAGAGCGUGAAGUCCAUGGCCCAAAAUGACUCUACCGCUGGAGACUCUCUUCCGUGAAGAGGAAGCUCAGACGGGAGGCUGGGAUGAGCAUGUCACUGCACCAGAUCUCUGCUGUUCCUCCCCAGGAUGCCACCUCUGCCAGAGUCUCCAGAAGCAAAGCCAAAGAGAGGGAGAGGGAAGAGCAGAAUGAGAAGACUUUGGGACAUUCCAUGAGUCACUCAAGCAACAUUUCUAAGGCUGGGGGCUCCUCGGUGGCGUCGGCUCCAGUGUCCUCCUUCGCUCGCACUUCGGUCACACCCUCCAAUCAGGACAUCUGCAGUUCCAGUCCAGUGUUUUCUGAGUGUUGUCACCACAGUCCCGUGCCGUCUGCUGUUGUCUUGAAAGCUCCUCCCUGCCAGAGCUCUCUGACCCAGGGGCUCACUGUGACAGUUGUCUGUCAAGACACAGCGCAGGCGUCAAAGAGAAAUCCCUGUGGUUCAGAGUGGGUCCAGGCCUUGAAGCCUGCUAAGAAUACCAAAGCCGGAAGAACGCUGAAGUUCUCAAAAUCCCUAAAUGAUGUGGGUGAGAACGCCCGGGAUGCCUUGGAAAGUUUUGACUAUGUGGAGAGGACCUGCUCUGAAGGGAAACUGGUACUCCCUCAGGACCCAUGUCUCAGAACCAACAGGUUCCACCAGAGAGAAAGAAGAAUACUGAAUCGCAAAGCCCUGGGCAGUUCCAAACAUUCUUGUGUUUCAUCCCUUUCUGCCAAUCAUUCAGCAGCCUCAGAGGCAGGAGCCAGCAAGGGGGGCAUGCAUGUCCUGCUUCUGGACGAGAAGGCGGAUGGCGAGGCCCUCUCCCGAAGCCGGAGGCUGCUGCAGUACCUGCUCUCAUUCUCGCGCGGCUCAAGCAGCGGCAGCCUGCACCGUUUCUACCAGCUGGAGAGCCGCGCCACCAGCCCGCAGCCCGCCAAGUCCUCCAGCAGGCUGGCCGGGAGUGCUGGCUUCUACUCUGAUGAGAUGGGGGAUGACGACGUCUUUGAGGACAGCGCAUCCGCAAAGCUGAAGAGCAGGGUGCUGCGGGCCCCCCUCUGCUCCGCGGAGAAGGACAGCGACCUGGACUGUCCUUCCCCCACCUCUGAAAAGGGUCCCCACCUCUCCCCUGUGUCCACAGCAGGGGAUGCCUGCAGGAUCUGCCACUGUGAAGGGGAUGACGAGAGCCCCCUGAUCACGCCCUGCCGCUGCGCAGGGAGCCUCCACUUCGUGCACCAGGCCUGCCUGCAGCAGUGGAUCAAGAGCUCUGACGCGCGCUGCUGUGAGCUGUGCAAGUACGAGUUCAUCAUGGAGACCAGGCUGAAGCCGCUGAGGAAAUGGGAGAAGCUGCAGAUGACAUCCAGCGAGCGCAGGAAGAUCAUGUGCUCCGUGACCUUCCACGUCAUCGCCAUCACCUGUGUGGUCUGGUCCUUGUAUGUGCUCAUCGACCGCACCGCUGAGGAGAUCAGGCAGGGGCAGGCGACAGGAAUCCUAGAGUGGCCCUUUUGGACUAAGCUGGUGGUUGUGGCCAUUGGAUUUACCGGUGGACUUCUUUUCAUGUACGUUCAGUGCAAAGUGUACGUACAGUUAUGGAGGAGACUCAAGGCUUAUAACAGAGUAAUCUAUGUCCAGAACUGUCCAGAAACAAGCAAAAGGAGUAUUUUUGAAAAAUCUGCACUAACAGAGCCCAGCUUUGAAAAUAAAGAUGGACGUGGAGUCUGUCAUUCCGAUACAAACUCUUCCUGUUGCACAGAACCUGAAGACACUGGAGCAGAGAUCAUUCACGUCUGAUGGCACGGAGGCUGUCGUUCCUGGACAGCUGAGGACAGCUGAAGGGAGUCGUUUUCUGCCAGCCGUGUGCAUGUUCUUCUGCCCUGUAAUAGCAGAGACUGGGCAGGUGACUGUUUUUAAUGGCUUCUCUUUUCUCUAACCCUCCUUAGUGACUCUCCUGGAAGACCCUCACGCCAGCUGUGCCCGGCUGGGUUCUGCUCCUGCCUGCGCGUCUCUGGGAGGGGAGGGUGGAUGAGCCUGUGGCCCCGUGAGGGGUGCUGGCGGGGUUCUGGCUCGUAGUCUUGAGCAGAAUGAGAGAGCAACGUGCCAGAGCUGAGGGGAGAACAGGAGCAGGUGGCGCCUGGCCCUGCCGCGCCCCUCCUGGCCGGCAGGCCCCACCUUCCGCCCACUAGCUGAACUGCUGGGAAGGACCAGCCUUGCGGAGAGGCUUCUCCACCACUAAACAGGGCCCGGGGAGGCUGCCACUGACAGUUCCCGAGCAGACGGGCCGUGGUGCUCUGUGCGUGGUGGUGAGUGAUUCACUAAGCGAAGCAAAGCACUUUACAAAAAGAGAAUCUUUAUUUUGUAAUACGUGUGUCACGUGGGAUUGGCAUUUGAAAGAACGUCCCGUUUAGAAACCUUCCUUUCAUGACCCUGAUUAUCUCCUUCUCAUUGUAAUAGAUCUGAAACCCUUUUUGCCUUAUAUAUGCUAAGAAAUGUGACUUCCACUCUGUGUCCAUAAAAGGGACUUGUAAAGCAAAACAGACAGCUCAGAGGCACUUUUCAUAACAUUCCGUGGGAUGAAUGGAUGGUAAAUGGCAGUCCGAGCGUAAUUCCUGUGGUUUUAAGCCUGUUUUAUGACAAGUCUUCACGUCACAGGGCUGCCCUAAACGUUUCUUUUUUUUUUUUUUUGUCAGUCCUGAAGAAGAAGGGUUCAUGAGAUCUAAAUGAAAGGAAGUUGAGGUAUCAGAACAAAUCGGAAUAUUUAGAAACUAUUCCUUUACGGACAGAGCGCUCCGGUUCGGGCUGACUUCACACUGAAGAAGCAGGCGCGUGUCGCCCAGCUGGGGCGCGGCUGAAGGCGCUGUCAGGGGCCCCUGCCCCUGGCGCCUUCCGUGGGCCGCUGCCUGGAGCAGAGAGGCAGAUGGGCUGCCUCUGGCUGAGGGCCAGGAGCGCGCAGCGGACUGCCCCGGCCCACCGCGCCCCGUUGCCAGCCACAGCCCUGCCCGUUUGCCGCCUUAACUGGACGGAGCCCUGGCCCAGCUUUCAGUCCAUCUUGUCGUCAGGGAUUACCUCCUGUCCCACUCUUUCAUAAAUCCAGAAUCAUUACCAUCAGAUGGCCUUUGUGCCUUUAAUAAGGUCUGCUUAAAAUGCUGUUUUUAAAGACCAGUUUCGUCAUACCAGGCAAAAGAGAGUCAACUCCAGAAAAAUAGCCCAGGGAGUUCUGCAGUGUGAGAUGAGUGUGCCCAGGCACUCACUCUCCAGGCAGCUCUCUGGGCGUCUUGGGUGGGAGCCCCGGGUCCUGCCCUCCAUCCUCCGAGCCUCAGGUGUUCAUCCAGCCUGUUAAGAGUGGGAAGCACACAGAAGAUGAUUCCUUUGCGUUUCAGCAUGGAAGCCCUGUGGUUUGUUUUGAAAGCCAGGAGGUUCUUAAGCCCUCGGGGGAGGGCUAUCCAGCCAUAGCCCACCCCUGGAAAUAGGUCAGCUCGUCCUCUCCGUCCCCCGGGCCAUAUCCAGCAUGUAGCUGCGUUCACUGUGCCCCAAAGUGCAAUUACCUACACCCCUUCCCAGCCUGGGGACACCAAAUAGCUACAGUCUGCUCAGGAGAGCCACAUCCCAGGUCUGCCUUGCCGGUGCCCUUUAGGAACUGCCCAGGCAAGGCCCCUUGUCCCUCUUGACGGCAGGUGAGUCGUCAGGGAAUGCUGGAUUUCCAAGUGGGCCCCAUUCCCCUCCCCCAGUGGAGCCCCUUAUGCUGUCCCUGAAGAGCACGGAAACUUCUGAUAGGAGAGUGCUCAGGUGCGGACAGCCCCAGGACAGCCCAGCUGGUGUGGCUGGCGCCCCGCCUGUGGCAGAGGCGGCUUCAUAACCAGCACUGUUACGUUGCUCGCAGGGCCCAGCCAGGCUGUCACGGGAAGCGCGCUCACACCAUCUUGUCACCUCCAGCCAAGCUCCUAAAGGCCUCUGCCUAUGGAUGGUCAGCCCCGUGUCCUCCUCUUCUUUCCUGGGAUGGCACACACAGCUUACCCCAUUGCCUUUUUCUGUCCUUGCAAAGUCUGGUGACCACCUGUGACCCCCAACUUGUUCCCGCGCUAAUCCCCACCCGCGCCCGCAGGGACCGGCCGUGCGUGCGAGGCCCUGGCGAGGCCGUGCUGCGCUGCUGCCUAGUGGGGGCUCUGCAUCUGCCGGGCGCUCCUCUGUGUCAGCUUGUUAAUUACCCCCCAUUUCUUUGUUCUGCACUUGACUGAACAAAUCAUAGAAACGCGGGGUGAGCUUGCAGGUCUCAGGGCCCGGAGGGCCGGGGUCUGAAGGCCAGGCGAGCAGGAGAGGGAGGCAGCCUGGGCUGUCGCCAGCCAACCAUCUCUGACUCGGCCUCUGCUUCCCCUCAAACUGUAGUUCCACUGAAGCACUUUCGUGGCUGAGUUUAAACUUUUACUGAAAAUUAUAAAGGAUCUCUUCAGUCUCCGACCUGCACUGUCUCUUGCCUUUUUUUUUUUUUUUGCUUCGGUCCACUCUUUUCAAUCUUAUGGGUCCACUUUCAAAACCUGCAGGUGUGCCCUAAGCUGGCUACAGACAUACAGGCCCCGGGCAGUGGGGCAAGUCCAAAAGCCUCGUGUAGAACUCCCCCGCUGACUGGUGGUCGGCCCUGGAGCCAGAGGAGGAUAGGGCACGCAGGAUGAAGGUCCACGACGGUGUGGAUUUGGCCUGACACAGACACACUUUUGAGACACUUUCCCUCUUGGAUCUGAUCUGAAGUUUGCAGCUUCUGUCUCUAGCCCAAGGAAAGACUGAAACACAGGGAAACGAGCAUUUGUCCUUGUUUUGAAAGUAAUGAAAUUGUGCAGCUCAUCACCUAUUCAGAUGCAAUGUUUAUAGGAUGCUGAUUGUUAAUAAAGACCAAAUUGACACUGGCAUGUGUGGUGUAGUUU